CAGGCACUUCCACAUUCGCAGUUGCACUUGCAGUUGUUCACAAUCUGACACGACAAAUCUCUGAAACCCAACAUGGAUUUGAGGAUGAUGGGCUUCGAUUCUCCACUCUUCUCUGCCCUCCAACACAAGCUCGACGCCGCCGACGACUCCGACAAGUCCGUCAGCGCACCCACUCGCACCUACAUCCGCGACGCCAAGGCCAUGGCGGCUACUCCAGCGGACGUCAAGGAGUACCCGAAUUCCUACAUCUUCAUCGUCGACAUGCCGGGGCUGAAAUCCGGCGACAUCAAGGUUCAGGUGGAGGACGACAAUGUGCUGGUGAUCAGCGGAGAGAGGAAGCGCGAGGAAGAGAAGGAAGGCGCCAAGCACGUGAGAAUGGAGAGGAGGGUCGGCAAGUUUAUGAGGAAGUUUGCUUUGCCGGAGAAUGCGGAUUCUGAUAAGAUCUCCGCGGUUUGUCAAGAUGGAGUGUUGACCGUCACAGUCGAGAAGCUCCCACCGCCGGCGCCCAAGAAGCCCAGGAUCAUUGAGGUCAAGAUGGCUUAAAUGUUCAUGAUUUUUUAAUGGGUAAUUGCUGAUAAGCUUGUUUGAUCGGAGUUAGUGUGAAUUUGGUGUGGGUUUGAAUUUGGGUCAUUGGCUUGUACACAGAAGCUGAUGAUUUCUUUAUAAACAUGUAGUUUUGAGUACCAAUGAAAGCCUUCUGCUCUGUUUCUCUUCUU